CCGGCAGCCUCGCCAUGUUGUCGGCUUAAACCUGCUGUCAAAGUUUCCUGACUUUAUCGAACAAUAAGUUUGCUGUCGCCGGUGACACCUGUCAAAGCAGCGACAUGUCGAGUGUGUCCUACCACAUCUCCAACCUGCUGGAGAAAAUGACAUCUACUGACAAAGACUUCAGGUUCAUGGCCACCAAUGACCUGAUGCUGGAGCUGCAGAAGGACAGCAUUAAACUGGACGAGGACAGUGAGAGGAAAGUGGUGACCAUGUUGCUCAAACUGCUGGAGGACAAGAACGGAGAGGUGCAAAACCUGGCUGUGAAAUGUCUGGCCCCUCUGGUGAGUAAAGUGAAGGAGCCUCAGGUGGAGACGAUGGUGGACUUGCUGUGUUCAAACAUGACGUCGGACAAGGAGCAGCUGAGAGACAUUUCCAGCAUGGGACUGAAGACUGUUAUUGCUGAGCUGCCACUGUCUUCAUCAGGUUUGACUCUGACUGCCAGUGUGUGUAAGAAGAUUACCUCCCAGCUGAUUGGAGCGAUGGGGAAACAAGAUGAUGUGUCAGUUCAGCUGGAGGCCUUGGACAUCCUGUCGGACAUGUUGGGAAGACUGAGCGGUGCACUAGUCAGUUUUCAUGGCUCUCUGCUCUCCAGCCUGCUGCCUCAGCUAACCAGCCCCAGAAUGGCAGUCAGGAAGCGCUCCAUCUUGGCUCUCGGUCACCUGGUGCCCUGCUGUAGCCCCGCCCUCUUCUCUCAGCUGACUGAACACCUGGUGACGGAGCUCUCUAAGGGCCCGCCCACUUCAAACACCAGGACGUACAUCCAGUGUCUGGCGACCGUUAGCCGACAGGGCGGCCACAGAGUUGGUGAGCAUUUAGAGAAGCUGAUCCCCAUGGUGGUGAAGUUCACUGGUGUGGAGGACGAUGAACUCAGAGAGUAUUGUUUCCAGGCCUUUGAAGCCUUCAUACGCAGGUGUCCAAAGGAGAUGUCACCCCACGUUGCCACAGUGACCCAGCUCUGUCUCAAGUUCAUGACCUUUGACCCUAACUAUAACUACGAUGACACUGAGGAAGAGGAAGACAGCAUGGACAUAGAGGACGGACUCGAUGAAGAAUCAGACGACGAGUACAGUGACGAUGACGAUAUGAGCUGGAAGGUGCGUCGCUCCUCCAUCAAGUGUCUGGAGGCGUUGAUAAGUACUCGCCGAGACCUUCUUCUGUCGUUCUACUCCUCCAUCUGCCCCACACUGCUGACCCGCUUCAAGGAGCGCGAGGAGAACGUGAGGGCUGACGUCUUUGCAGCCUUUUCAACGCUGCUGAGACAAACUCGCGUGGGAUCGAGUCACCAUGGCCUCAUUCUGGCCGGUGCAGACACCGGGGCGUGCAGGGAGGAGGAGCCGGCCGUCACCUUACUGAAGAAACAGGUGCCAGCGAUCGUGAAGGCGAUCCACAGGCAGCUGAAGGAGAAGAGCAUUAAAUCUCGACAAGGCUGCUUCUGUCUCCUCACUGAGCUGGCACACACCGUACCUGGAGCCCUGGAAGAGCACAUCCCUGCCCUAAUACCUGGAAUUGUCUUCUCCCUGACAGACAAGUCCACCUCCUCCACAAUGAGGAUCGAUGCUCUCACCUUCUUCCACGUCCUGCUGCUCUCCCACCCUCCUCAAGCCUUUCAGACUCACAUGCAGGUGCUGCUGCCUCCGGUGGUGGCGUGUGUUGAAGACACUUUCUAUAAGAUCACCUCAGAGGCUCUGCUGGUCACCCAGCAGCUGGUCAGAGUGAUGAGGCCGCAGGGACAAGCCACCACUGGUGGAGGGUUCGACCCCAAACCAUUCGUCAGGGAGGUGUUUUCAGUAACAAUGAAAAGGCUCAAAGCCACGGACAUCGACCAGGAGGUGAAGGAGAGGGCUAUUUCCUGUAUGGGGCACAUGGUGUGUCACCUUGGUGACCACCUGGGGGCGGAGCUGCAGGGUGUUCUGGCAAUCUUUCUGGAGAGAUUAAAGAAUGAGAUCACAAGACUUACAGCAGUUCGGACCAUCACUCUCAUAUCUGCCUCUCCGUUAAAGACUGACCUGUCAUCCAUCCUGCCAGAAGCCUUGUCUGUGUUGGGAUCUUUUUUGCGGAAGAACCAGCGGGCUCUGAAGCUUGGUACACUGGCAUGUCUGACUGCGCUGGUCACCCAUCAUGCUGCCAGCAUCAAACCUGCAGCCCUGGAGCCCGUGUUAAGUGAACUACCUGCUCUGGUGGAUGAAACUGACAUGCAUGUAUCACAGGUAUCCAUCAGCCUGCUGACCUGCAUGGCCAAAGCCUGCCCCUCCUCUCUGGCUAAGAUCAGCUCCUCUGUGCUGCCAGGAGUCUUCAGACUUGUACAUUCUCCACUGCUGCAGGGCGGCGCUUUGGUUGCCAUAGUGGACUUCCUACAGGCACUGGUGCUGUCCAAAACCAGUAACCUGGGUUACAGUCAGCUGCUGAAGUCUCUCACGGAGCCGUUCCACAGCCCUCAGUCGUCUGCAGAUGGCAGCAUUAUCCACAGACAGUCGUACCACUCUGUCGCUCGCUGUGUGGCUGCUCUGUCCUCUGCUUCCCCCAAAGAGACUCCCGGCACCGUGGCCGGCCUCAUCCAGGAGGUAAAGAGUCCCAGCUCUCCAGAGUCGGCUCGUGUCCUCGCUCUGUUGUGUCUUGGGGAGGUUGGAAGGAGUGGCAGCCUGGGAGGGAGUAAGGAGGUUCAGGGAGUUAUCUUGGAUGCUUUUACAUCCCCCAGUGAGGAGGUGAAGACGGCAGCCUCCUGCGCUUUAGGCAGCAUGGCAGUCGGCAGCCUCAAAGACUACCUGCCCUUCCUGCUGAAGGAGAUCUCAGCCCAGCCACGGAGACAGUACCUGCUGCUACACUCCCUCAAAGAAGUCAUCAGCGCCUGUCCAGCCUCUAGUCUCUCUCCACAUGUGGAGUCUAUCUGGGCCUUGCUGUUUCAGAACUGCGAGUGUCAGGAAGAAGGGACCAGGAACCUGGUGGCUGAAUGUUUGGGAAAACUGACCUUAGUCAACCCUGCACAACUUCUUCCUCGACUUAAACAACAACUCAAAGCUGGUUCUCCUCUGGCUCGCAGCACGGUGGUGACAGCAAUCAAGUUUACUAUCGUUGACCAUCCUGCUCCCAUUGACUCACUGCUGAAAGACUGCAUAGGCGACUUCCUGAAGACCCUGCAGGAUGAGGACAUCAAUGUGCGCCGUGUUGCUUUGGUGAUGUUUAACUCAGCGGCUCAUAACAAACCAUCUCUGAUUCGUGGCCUCCUGGGAGCAGUGCUGCCUCACCUCUACAAGGAGACCCAGAUCAGGAAGGACCUCAUCAGAGAAGUGGAGAUGGGUCCAUUCAAACACACCGUGGAUGACGGUUUGGAUGUGCGUAAAGCAGCAUUUGAGUGCAUGUACACUCUGCUGGACAGCUGCCUGGAGGGACUGGACGUCCUGCAGUUCCUGGAUCAUGUCGAGGAAGGACUCAAAGACCACUAUGAUAUCAGAAUGUUGACCUUCCUGAUGCUGGCCAGACUCGUCUCUCUGUGUCCUGCUGCUGUUCUCCAAAGACUGGACAGACUGGUGGAGCCACUUAAAGCUACGUGCACUACAAAAGUGAAGGCUGGCUCUGUGAAGCAGGAGUUCGAGAAGCAGGAGGAGCUGCGGCGAUCAGCCAUGCGUGCCGUCGCCGCCCUGCUGGCCGUCCCUGAAGUGGAGAGGAGUCCCAGCAUGGCCGACUUCGCUAACCAGAUUAGAUCCAACGCUGACAUGGCGUCCAUCUACCAGAGUGUCCAGGGAGGAGAGGGUGGAGGAGCCACAGAGAGCAUGGACAUGAACUAGACUCUGGCUGACAGAGGAGAUGUUUUAAUGUGUUGUUUUUGUAGAUUUGUGGCUGUUUAGUUACAGUUAAAAAAAAAAAAAAAAAAAGAAGAGGAAAAGCACCAUGCAGUUAAGGUUUGUUAUACAAUGACAGCUUUAUUCUAUGAAAUACAUCUUUUAUGAUAGACUUGAUUUUAACUUGCUCAAAAGGAUUUUUUUUCUUCCCAGUAUAAACUGGGUGUAAUUCAAGUCAGUUCAAGAUUUUCUGAUGGAUUUGUUGUAGCAAGCAAGCAACAGAAAUUUGGUGCUACUGGAGUUUAAAUGAUUCAAACAGUUGAGCUUUCCAUCUGUUAACACCAUGAUUAUGACUUAACCACAGACAUCUCUGUUUCACUCAACAAGGAAAUGCGGUCAUUGACUUGCACCAUACGAUGGCACAAACACCAUGUGACACACUGAUCUGUGAUAAGAUAAGCACAAAGUAUUUUUAAAAGGUUUAUGAAAAGGUCGUAAGUUAUAUGCUGAAGUUAGCACAUUUCUAUUAAAAUUUCCCUGCAAAA